CUGUGACACUGACAUUCGUGCUGUGCUAUUGCCGCCUGUUAAAAUUUUGUUUGGCGCACGUUUAUCUAACAAACGGCGUGGUUUCAAGUGAAUUUGUCCCUUGUUAGAGGUUUAUAAUGGAAUUCUUAGAAUAUAAUGAUGUAUCAGCAGAGAUCAAAGGAGCUAUGGUGCCAGGACGUUUAAAAAUGACCGAUCAGAAUAUAAUAUUCAAGAACAGCAAGACCGGAAAAGUGGAACAAAUAUCGUCUAACGAUAUUGAACUAGUAAAUUUCCAGAAAUUCGUAGGAUCUUGGGGCCUUAGAAUUUUCAUGAAAAAUGGUACACUACACAGAUACGGAGGCUUCAGAGAAGGGGAACAAGAAAAAGUGGCCAAGUUCUUCAAAUCAAACUACAACAAGGACAUGCUGGAGAAGGAGUUGUCCCUCAAGGGCUGGAACUGGGGCACGGCCAAGUUCAACGGGGCGGUGCUUGGCUUCAAUGUAGGAUCCAACACCGCUUUUGAGAUUCCACUGCAUUAUGUGUCGCAGUGUAAUACAGGGAAGAAUGAAGUUACACUUGAGUUUCAUCAGGACAUGCUGGAGAAGGAGUUGUCCCUCAAGGGCUGGAACUGGGGCACGGCCAAGUUCAACGGGGCGGUGCUCGGCUUCAAUGUAGGAUCCAACACCGCUUUUCAGAUUCCACUGCAUUAUGUGUCAGAGUGUAAUUCAUUAAAUAGUAUAAAAGUAGCCAAGUUCUUCAAAUCAAACUACAACAAGGACAUGCUGGAGAAGGAGUUGUCCCUCAAGGGCUGGAACUGGGGCACGGCCAAGUUCAACGGGGCGGUGCUCGGCUUCAAUGUAGGAUCCUACACCGCUUUUGAGAUUCCACUGCAUUAUGUGUCACAGUGUAAUUCAUUAAAUAGUAUAAAAGUAGCCAAGUUCUUCAAAUCAAACUACAACAAGGACAUGCUGGAGAAGGAGCUGUCCCUCAAGGGCUGGAAGUGGGGCACGGCCAAGUUCAACGGGGCGGGUCCUCGGCUUCAAUGUAAUUCAUUAAAUAGUAUAAAAGUGGCCAAGUUCUUCAAAUCAAACUACAACAAGGACAUGCUGGAGAAGGAGCUGUCCCUCAAGGGCUGGAACUGGGGCACGGCCAAGUUCAACGGGGCGGCGCUCGGCUUCAAUGUGGGAUCCAACACCGCUUUUGAGAUCCCGCUGCAUUAUGUGUCCCAGUGUAAUACAGGGAAGAAUGAAGUUACACUUGAGUUUCAUCAGAAUGACGACACCCCAGCAUCCCUAAUGGAGAUACGUUUCCACAUCCCAACAAACGAGUUAGCCGGCGACAUGGACGCUGUGGAAGCGUUCCACCAGCAGGUCAUGAACAAGGCCAGCGUCAUUUCCGUCUCCGGUGAUGCCAUCGCCAUCUUCAGGGAGCUACAGUGUCUUACACCUAGAGGUCGCUACGACAUCAAAGUGUUCCAAACCUUCUUCCAACUGCACGGUAAAACGUUCGACUACAAGAUCCCCAUGUCGACCGUGCUCCGUCUGUUCCUCCUGCCGCACAAGGACACGCGGCAGAUGUUCUUCGUGGUGUCGCUGGACCCACCCAUCAAGCAGGGCCAGACCAGAUACCAUUACUUGGUGCUGCUGUUCGGCAUUGAAGAGGAGACGAGCUUGGAGCUGCCUUUUACUGAGGAGGAGCUGAAAGAAAAAUACGAGGAUAAAAUAAAAAAAGAGCUUUCGGGACCAACUUACGAAGUGUUGGCGAAAAUUAUGAAGGUCAUCAUAAACAGGAGAGUCACAGGCCCAGGUGACUUUUUAGGCCACCACAAAACACCAGCAAUCGCGUGCUCAUACAAGGCGGCUGCCGGCUACCUGUACCCGCUAGAGAAGGGCUUCAUCUACGUGCACAAGCCGCCCGUGCACAUCCGCUUCGAGGAGAUCGCCUCCGUCAACUUCGCCAGAGGCGGCGCCUCCUCCACCAAGUAUGCAACCUUCAUGGGCUUCAUCUACGUGCACAAGCCGCCCGUGCACAUCCGCUUCGAGGAGAUCGCCUCCGUCAACUUCGCCAGAGGCGGCGCCUCCUCCACCAAGUAUGCAACCUUCAUGGUAACACACACGGUACCUGUACCCGCUAGAGAAGGGCUUCAUCUACGUGCACAAGCCGCCCAGAAGGGCUUCAUCUACGUGCACAAGCCGCCCGUGCACAUCCGCUUCGAGGAGAUCGCCUCCGUCAACUUCGCCAGAGGCGGCGCCUCCUCCACCAAGUAUGCAACCUUCAUGAAGGGCUUCAUCUACGUGCACAAGCCGCCCGUGCACAUCCGCUUCGAGGAGAUCGCCUCCGUCAACUUCGCCAGAGGCGGCGCCUCCUCCACCAAGUAUGCAACCUUCAUGGUAACACACAUACACACGGCACCUGUACCCGCUAGAGAAGGGCUUCAUCUACGUGCACAAGCCGCCCGUGCACAUCCGCUUCGAGGAGAUCGCCUCCGUCAACUUCGCCAGAGGCGGCGCCUCCUCCACCAAGUAUGCAACCUUCAUGAAAAGGGCUUCAUCUACGUGCACAAGCCGCCCGUGCACAUCCGCUUCGAGGAGAUCGCCUCCGUCAACUUCGCCAGAGGCGGCGCCUCCUCCACCAAGUAUGCAACCUUCAUGCGGUACCUGUACCCGCUAGAGAAGGGCUUCAUCUACGUGCACAAGCCGCCCGUGCACAUCCGCUUCGAGGAGAUCGCCUCCGUCAACUUCGCCAGAGGCGGCGCCUCCUCCACCAAAUCGUUCGACUUCGAAAUCGAGCUGAAAUCCGGCAGCGUGCACACGUUCAGCAGCAUCGAAAAGGGGGAAUACGACAAGCUUUUCGACUACAUCACCUCCAAGAAGCUACACGUCAAGAACACCGGCAAGAACGACAAAGCCCUAUACGACGACGACUUCGGCGACUCGGACACGGAGAAGGAGCCCGACGCGUACCUCGCGCGCGUCAAGGCCGAGGCCAAGGAGCGCGACAGCGACGACAGCGACGACGAGAGUACGGACGAGGACUUCAACCCCGACAAGGCUAAAGAGAGCGACGUCGCCGAGGAAUACGACACGAAUCCAUCGUCGUCGGAAGACUCUGACGCGUCGAACGCGUCCGGCGACGACAAGAAAGAGAAGAAGAAGGAAAAGAAACCUAAAAAGGCUAUCACUAUUUCCGAAGCACCCCGUAAACGCAAAGACAAAACGAAGAAGGAAAAAGACGCGAACGCGCCCAAACGAGCCGCGACCGCCUUCAUGCUGUGGUUGAACGAGAACCGUAAGAAGAUCACGGAGGAGAACCCCGGCAUCAAGGUCACCGAGAUCGCCAAGAAGGGCGGCGAACUGUGGCGAGAUCUCAAGGACAAAUCUGAAUGGGAAGAGAAAGCCGGCAAAGCGAAAGAAGAAUACAACGCAGCCAUGAAGAAAUACAAAGACAGUGGCGCCGCCGAAGAGUUCAAACAGAAGAAGAAACAAGCGGCCAAGGAAGCUAAAGCAGCCGAGAAACAGAGUAAAGCGCCGGCCAAGAAGAGUAAGAAUACCAGCGCUGGGUCCGGUUCGGGCAAGUUUACUAGCAAGGAGUAUAUCGAGGAUGAUGAUAGCUCGUCGGACUCCGAUAAUGAUAAGAAGAAGAAGAAGGAUACUAAAGAUAGCAAAGACUCGAAGAAAGAAAAGGCGAAAGCAAAGAGUUCUUCAGAAUCAGAAGCUGAGGCAUCCGCUGCCGGGUCCGGCUCCGACGAGAGUGGCAGCGGGAGCGAUUAAUGUGCUAACUAUACAUUUAGAUAGAGUACAACUCAUGAAUACAUUAGAACUGUCAUUUUGUAAUAAGAACUGGAUAGUUAAAUGCUCGAGAGUAGUGUUGGUCAACGUGUAGUUCGCCCACAGUGGGCUGUCGAGAAGUUUUGAGCCUUUUUUUACUUAGAAAUGUAUUGUUUUUAUUAAAUAACCUGAUCGGCAGAUUCCAAGUACGAAA